UCUGGAGGCGAUACUAUAGAGAUGACAAGAUGGCGAGAUGGCGGUUCAACAAGUGCUAUCAACCUCCCUCAUUUCAUCUCAUCGAGAACAGACCCGAUAAGCAUAUUUCGAGUGAGAGGCGUGAGAGCAUUUAUUCAUUUAUGGAUGUCUCGCCAUUGGAGAAGCCAUUGAAGAUACAAGUUUUUUCAGGCAGACAAAACGACUUCCAUUUACACCGAAUAAUCAACAGAUGAAUAUAUUCUGGUGUGGUUAACUGUAAAUUUACGGUGAAAGCUUUGAUUUCCUGGAAAAUGACUAAUUUGCGUUUUUAAACAAAGUCAAACUUGUCUCAAGAAACAAACUUUGCUUGAGGGUUCAAGAGUUUUAUUCUUAAACGGUUAAACCCCCAAUAAUUUACUCCAUAUUUCAAAGAUAAAAUGUUGUAAUAAUUUAAAUUGUUCUAGUGGGUUUUACUUCCUAGCAUCCAAACCUUUUCGUUUGAUUCCGUCAAUUUUGUUUUUCUCCCAUUAAAAAAACCGUAAAAAAAAACGAGCAAUAAUAGAUGCUUUUCCAGAUGGAAAGCCAAAAUUAUUGGACGAAAUUAUUAGUCACACUGAAAUAAGUCACA